AACCUAAUUUUUUAACACCGUUAUUGAGAUGGAAUUUACAUACCACACCAUUCAGCUACUUGAAGUGUACAAUUUUAUACAUUUAAUAUAUUCACAGGCUUGUGAAACCAUCACCACAGUCAACUUUAGAACAUUUUCAUCACCCUAAAGAGAAACCCUAUUCCCAUCAGCAGUCACUCCCCAUUUCUUGCAACCUCCCCAGCCAUGGUCAACCACUUACCUACCUUCUGUCUCUAUUAAUUUGCCCCUCUGGACAUUUUGUAGAACUAGAAUUACACAAUAUGUGGUCUUCUGUGACCAGCUUCUUUGAAUUACCACAGUGUUUUCACUGUGAUUCAUAUAGAUUCAUCCAUGUUGUAGCAUGUGUCAGAACUUUCUUCUUUUUAAAGGCUGAAUAAUAUUCCAUUGUAUGGAUAUACCAUGUUUUAUUUAUCCAUUCAUCAGUUGAUGGACAUUUGAGUUGUUUCUACUUCUUAGCUAUUAUGAAUAAUGCUGACAGGAGCAUUUGUGUACAGGUUUUUGUGUAGACAUAUAUUUUUGUUUCUCUUAGGUAUACACUUAGGAGUGGAAUUGCUGGGUCAUAUGGUAACUCUUUUGAGGAACUGUCAGAUUGUUUUCCAAAAUGUCUGUACCAUUUUACAUUCCCAACAGCCACGUGUGAGGGUUCCAAUUUCUCCACAUUUUCACCGACGCCUGUUAUUAUCUGUCCUUUUUAUUAUAGCCAUCCUAGUGGGUAUGAAGUGGGUCUUGUGGUUUUGAUUUGCAUUCCCCUGUUGGCUUAUGAUAUUGAGGGUCUUUUCACAUACUUACUGGCCAUUUGUAUGUCUUCUUUGGAGAAACGUCAGUUCAGAUUCUUUGCCCACUUUUUAAUUGUGCUUUUGGUCUUUGUAACCUAAUUUUUUUACUGACAUGAUAUUUUGAAUAUUUUCAUUCCCUUAACAGUUUCUCAAACUCAGCAUUUAAUGACUGUUUAAUAUUUCAUUACAUGGACACAUCAGCUGUUGCUGAGUUUAGAAUGCUGAACACGCCUGCUCUCCAUGCUGUACCACUUCUAUAUCUUGAUCAACUUCACUUCUUCCAAUUUCCCAGGCCAUAUGGGAACUUAGGUCUUUGUAAUUUCAGGGGUAGUGACGUUUGGGAAUGUGGCAACAGCCUCUACUGAUAACUGUACUGUCUCAGAAGAACUUGUAUAAGGAUGUGAUACUGAAAAAUCAUAGAAGCAGAGUCUUUAUGAUCAAAUCUUUAAAUUCAAAAUGUGAUCUCUGAGGCUUUUUUCUUCCCUUAAUGUGACCCUCCAGGGAGGUUGAAGUGUUUGAAUUUCCGAUGGAUUUGAGAUUUAAAUGACUGUUCUACUCUAUUUUCCUUGAGGCAUCAUCAUCCUGGUGCCUUGAAUGGCUUUCCUUUGGCCUUUCUUAUGCUGGACUUCCCUGCCCCUUCACCACAGGACUGUAUCUGGAUUUGUUGAGAGCUGCAGCAUGCCUAAGUUCCAUUUCUUUUAUGUACAGGUUUUUCUGUUUCCAAGCCAGGUGUAAUUCCUGAAUUGGAACAAGGAGUCCAGGCCCAGUAGGUGGAGAGUGUAGUGACAAGAGGAUUUGUCCAGCUCUGGCUUCUCUGGACUCAGCUUCUGAGGAUGAUUGGCAGUUCUAAAACCAUGGGCCGGGUGCCACUGACAUUCAGUGAUGUUGCCGUAGACUUCUCUCAGGAGGAGUGGGAAUGCCUAAACUCAGAUCAGAGGAAUUUGUACAGAGAUGUGAUGUUGGAGAAUUAUACUAACUUGGUAUCACUGGACAUUGAUUUCACAAGUGAGAGCAACAAAUUAUCUUCAGAAAAAAGCAGUUAUGAAGUAAAUUCAUACCAUCGGGAGACAAUGAAUAGAAGUAAAACCUUCAACUUUAUGGCGUUUAUUUUCAGAAAUGACUCACAGAACAGAACUAAAUUUGAAAGACAACAGGCACCUAAAGUGGGAUAUUUUAAUCAAAUGAUAUUCAGAAAACAUAUAUCCCUUCCUCUACAUCAAAGACUUCACACUAAAGAGAAGUCAUAUGAAUGUAAGGAAUGUAGAAAGGGCUUUAGGAAAUAUUCACACCUUACUGAACAUCUGAGAGACCAUAGUGAUGUAAGACCCUAUGAAUGUAAGGAAUGUGGAAAGCUCUUUAUAGUUCUCCAGCAUUUUAUUAGACAUAAAAAAAGUCACACUGACUUGAAACCCUUUGAAUGUAAUGGAUGUGAGAAGGCCUUUAGGUUUUAUUCACAGCUUAUUCAACAUCAGAUAAUUCAUACUGGUGUGAAACCCUAUGAAUGUAAGCAAUGUGGGAAGGCCUUUAGACGUCAUUCUCACCUUACUGAACAUCAGAAAAUUCAUAUUGGUUUGAAACCCUACAAAUGUAAGGAAUGUGGGGAAACUUUUAGGUUGUACCGACAUAUGUGUCUCCAUCAGAAAAUUCAUCAUGGUGUGAAACCCUAUAUUUGUAAGGAAUGUGGAAGGGCCUUUGGUCAUCGUUCAAGCCUCUAUCAGCAUAAGAAAAUUCAUUCUGGUGAGAAACCAUAUAAAUGUAAACAAUGUGGAAAGGCCUUUGUUCGCAGCUAUCUGCUUAUUGAACAUCAGAGAAGUCAUACUGGUGAGAAGCCUCAUGAAUGUAAGGAAUGUGGAAAAGCCUUUAGUAGGGGCUCAAGCCUUCUUAAACAUAAGAGAAUUCAUAGUAGCGAGAAACUCUACGAUUGUAAGGAAUGUGGGAAGGCCUUCUGUAGAGGCUCUCAACUUACACAACAUCAGAGAAUUCAUACUGGUGAGAAGCCCCAUGAAUGCAAAGAAUGUGGGAAGACUUUUAAGCUCCAUUCUUACCUUAUUCAACAUCAGAUCAUUCACAGUGAUUUGAAACCAUAUGAAUGUAAACAAUGUGGGAAAGCCUUCAGUCGUGUCGGGGACCUUAAAACACAUCAGUCAAUUCAUGCCGGGGAGAAACCUUAUGAAUGUAAGGAAUGUGGAAAAACCUUUAGACUUAAUUCUCAACUAAUUUAUCAUCAGACAAUCCAUACUGGUUUGAAACCAUAUAUAUGUAAAGAAUGUAAGAAGGCCUUCCGUUCUAUCUCAGGUCUUUCUCAACAUAAGAGAAUUCAUACUGGUGAAAAACCUUAUGAAUGUAAAGAAUGUGGUAAGGCCUUUAAUCGUAGUGAUCGACUUGCUCAGCAUCAGAGAAUUCAUACUGGUGUGAAGCCACAUAAAUGUAAGGAAUGUGGGAAAGCCUUUACUCGUUGCUAUCAACUUACUCAACAUCAAAGAUUUCACAUUGGCGAGAAAGUCUUAAUGUAAUGAGAGUCAGAAAGCCUUUAGCCGUGACACAUCCUUUAACAUUAUCACUCUUCUACCACCUAACGAUAUGGUAAAGAUUAAAUUAUUUACAUAAAAUAUGAUUGUUUGGAAGGGCAUCUGGCACAGAGUAUUUGCUUACUAAAUACUGUAUCAUUUUUUAAUGGUAAUUACUAGUAUUACUAUAAAUGAAUUCAUGUGGAAGGAAGAUCCUGUGAGCAUAUUUUAAAAAUCUAUCAUCACUCAUCCAUAUUUCAUUUUGGAUAAUUAAUUCUGGACAAAAUCCCAUAGAAUGUUUUAAACAAGAAACUUUUUUAUUCAAAGCUCAUCCCCCUGAAGAUUAAUAAUGGUAAAAACCCUAUGCUUUUGCUGAAUAUUGAGAGUAUAGCUGUUGAAAAAUUGGAAAGUGGUUUGAAGAAAUUUUUUUUAUAAUAAUUUCUAUAAUACAGGUAACAUACAAUCCACAUUCCCUACAAUUCAUGGAAGUUAGAGAUUAACAAUGGGUAGCCAAAAGACAGAUAUUGACUUGGAGAAGGUUUCCUCAAGUAUUUGAAAAAUGUCAAAUUUACAUAAAAGGUACAACAAUGGUACAAUGAAGGUUUAUUUACCCUCCACCUAUAUUUAGU